GCUCUCAAGUCCUUCGAGGAUUCUUUCAUUUGCAAAAUGCCCUUUAUUUUGAAUAUACGAACUCUUGCAGCCCCUCUCACUAAGAAAAUACAAUGCGGAAGACUGUUAUUCGCCGCAUGUCUUCACAACAAAGCGGACACGGAAGGAGAUAAGAUCCAGUUGUUCAACAACGCGUACCCCCGAGACUCCAUGACUAACAUCACUCCAAGCAUUUUGUCCAAAGUCGGACGAAACCUGCACCUUUGCAAAAAUCAUCCACUGAGCGUUUUAAGAGAACGAGUCCAGGAGCAUGUUUAUGCCGACUACAGAAAUCGCUGGGGUGGCCCUAUGUUUACAAUGGUGGAUAAUUUGUCUCCCGUUGUCACGGUGGAACAGAACUUUGAUAGUUUGCUUGUUCCAAAAGAUCACGUUAGCCGAGCGAAGAAUGAUAACUAUUACAUAAACUCUGAGUACUUGCUUCGCGCUCACACUUCUGCGCAUCAAAGGGACUUGAUUAAAACUGGACUGGAUGCUUUUCUUGUUACGGGUGAUGUUUACAGGCGGGAUGAAAUCGACACGUGUCAUUACCCAGUGUUUCAUCAGAUGGAAGGAGUCAGGUUAUUUUCACAGCACGAGCUGUUUUCGCAAUAUGAGGAGCCAUUGGAGAUGUUUGAUCAAAGCAGAACCAAGACCCCAGAAAAACAAGCUGCACAUUCUUUGGAGGCAGUAAAGCUUGUUGAGUCCAGUCUCAAGCAAACACUAGUCAAGAUUGUUGAACACCUGUGUGGAGAGGGAGUGGAAAUGCGUUGGGUUGAUGCCUUCUUUCCUUUCACCCAUCCUUCCUGGGAAUUGGAAGUUAAUUUUGAAGGUGAAUGGUUGGAGCUUCUUGGGUGUGGUGUGAUGGCACAGGAGAUACUGGUCAAUGGUGGAGCUGAACACAAGAUAGGUUGGGCAUUUGGUAUUGGACUUGAGCGUUUGGCCAUGAGGCUUUUUAACAUCCCCGAUAUUCGGCUGUUUUGGAGUGAUGAUCCAAGAUUCCUUUCUCAGUUUGAGGGAAACAAAGUUGUUGAGUUCAAGCCAUUUAGCAAGUACCCACCUACUUACAAGGAUGUGGCGUUUUGGAUUCGUGAAGACUUCUCUCCAAACAACCUGUUUGAUGUGGUACGUGGGGUGGCUGGUGACAUAGUAGAAAAGGUGGAGUUAGUGGAUAAAUUCUGCCAUCCCAAGACUCAGAGAGAGAGUCACUGCUACCGGAUAACUUACAGGUCAAUGGAUAAGACUUUUACUGACGUUGAAAUUAACAGCAUCCAGGAUGAGGUCAGGGAGGAAAUUCAGAAGAGACUACUGGUAGAACUUAGAUAGAUUCCCCUUAUCAACAUGGCUGUCAUCUUCAAAUAGAUGCCUGACCAAGCUGUGCUUUACCGCGCUCUUUGAUUCCUCCAGAAAACGUUUGCCAACCUCUGACCCAAUCAAAUGAAAAACUUAUUGUGAUCACAGCCAAUUUUCUGAGCUUGAAGCAGGUGCAUCUACUUGAGUCCCCUUUGGCUCGUUGAGAUACUCAAUUCUGUUCUGAUUGGCUCUUGUCAUCACAUUGUCCACAUAAAUUUAAGCAACUCAUUUAUUGCACAGCGCUCUAUCUGCACUCAAAGCUUGUUCACUCACGCAACCGUGUUGCAGUGAAAUAGGUUUUAAAUUUUAUUUCCCGCUAAGUAGAAAUCAUAAACAAGUACAAGUGGAUUUUAAGUACACUUUUUUCUCUAAUAGAUUGUUUCCAGAUAUUUAGAACCUGUUUAGUUAUGAAAUCCCCGAGAAAAACACACAUUGUAUAGUUUCAGAUACAGCUAAUGCCUUAUUGAGUUUGCAUAACAUUCCCAUAUUAGUGUAGUUCUAUUGAUCCUAAAAAAAGCAAAGUGGAAUAAAUUGUUUGACAGUAAA